UGGCCUUCUCACAGAAUGUAUUCGUUUUGUUUCAGGAGUUCAGACUCCGAGGGAGCAUUCGAGACACCUGAAGAGACAACACCUGUCAAAGUGCCUCCGCAGAGCUCUUCUACUGCUGCUGCUGAGAAGGAAAGCCAAGAACAGCAGCCUUCAGUACCGUCAGUGUUUUUUCCUGAUGAUAAUCAGGUUGCUGUCACCCCUGAAACCUCACUCCAGGAAACUGAUUCCUUCAGACCUCUCACUGAGUCAGCUUCAAUUGUCUUUGAUGAAGAUAAACCAAUAGCCAGCAGUGGAGCUUAUAAAAUUGAUUUUGAUAGUCUUGAUGCUUUGGACUCUUUCCAACCUCACUCCUCUUUGGAUGCAAGCUCACCUGUGAAGUCAGAAGGUUCCAAAAAUUGUGGACAGGCUUGUGUGAAGUCAGGCAGUACCAGCUCACCACCACCACAAUCUCCACCAUUCACACGGAAAGCUGAUGGAAUUAGCGAUAUUAGUCGCACAGAGCAUGGGGAUAAAGCUUUGCAGGCAGAGGCCUUUAGCAUAGCCUCAGAUAAUGUUCACAGUGUUAAGAAAAAGAAACCGAGACCACUGUCUUUAAAAAGAAAGACCAGAUCAGAGAAACAAGCAGAGACACAACCAGAUAAAUCAACGGAGGCCCCAACAGCAACAGAAGCCAAUGCAAAGCCAACAGUACUUGAGAGUGAUAAAGACGUCACUACAUCUCAAUUACCCGGCAACAGUUUACAAAGUGCUGUAAACCAACAGGACUCUCCCAUUACUCAUCAAGUGUCCUGCAGCUCUGAUGCAGAUAAUCUUUCUGAGCGUAGUCUGUUUGCUUGUGGAGAUAAACAACAAAGUUUACCAGCUGCACAGAGUGAAAGUGAGACUUUUACUGUAGUUCUAACAGAAUCUGACAAAAUAGCACCUGAGUCUGGACCAAUUUCAGGCACUCCAGCCGUGGGCCAUGCAGUGAGGCUGGAAUUUGAUUACUCUGAGGAUAAAGACAGUUUUGAAACUGAACAAGAUAAACAGCCUGUUCCCAAGAAAUUUGGCAAAAAAUCUGGUGGAAAGAUGCCACUAAGAAAGCCAAAGAUCGGAAUCAAGAAGGUUCCUACAGUUGAAAAGGUGGACAAUGCUCUUACUGCUUCAUCUAAUUCAACUGCUGAUCCUGAUGAUAUCCCAAUUCCAAAGACAACAUAUUCAUUUGAUCCUUCUAAAUGGGAUGACCCUAAUUUCAACCCAUUUAGUAGUAAUGUACAGGUUCCAAAUUCUCCCAAGUUGCCUCAUGCUUCAUUCAGUUUUGACACGGACAACUGUGAUAACUCUGUGGACCCGUUCAAAUCUUCUACGAAAAUCUCAGGAUCCCCUUCUCAUUCAUCUGCUUCAUUUGAGGUGAAUGAUGACACUGGUACAAGUGAGGGGGAUGUUAAUAAUAAAUCGUCAAAGAAGAAGAGGCUACCUUUAAAAACGUGAGUAAUAAAAUAAUUACU